GCUCUUCCCCACAGGUCCCGGGCGCAGGCCCCGCGCUCCCUAGUUCCCUCCUGCAGCAGCGGUGACCGCAUCGCAGAGAGGAGGGAGGAGAGAAGAGGGGGGAGGGGGAGGAGGGAGGAGAUGACGAGCGCGCGGCCGAGCGCCUCGGAGAAGCGCAGGGCCCGGGAGCGCGGCGGCUGCGGCGGCGACGACGGAGGAGCUGCAGCCCGGCUGGAGCAGCGGCCCCGGGCGGCGACGGGCAGCAUGAGCGCCCUACCGGGCGCGGGCCGGGUGUUGGCCGCGCUGCUGCUGGCCGCGUCGGUGCUGAGCGCCUCGCUUCUGGCCCCCGGCGGCUCCCCCGAGCGCGACUCCGCGGCUGCGCAGCCUCGAGAUUUAGACCAAAAAAAGCAUAUAGAACUGAAAAUGGAUCAGGCUUUGUUGCUCAUUCAUAAUGAAUUACCUGGUCCCAGCCUGACGCUCUACUGGACAUCUGAACGCUGCUAUCAUUGCUUGCCACAGAUUCUGGUGAAUGUUUCGCAGAGCGGAAAACCUGGGAAGCCGAGCACUGCAGCAGUAGCUGUGAGCACCCAGCAUGGCUGCAUCCUGCAACUUAACUACACCGUCGAAGAGAAAGAAGUGUGUAGGAUGGAGUACAAAUUUGGAGAAUUUGGAAACUAUUCUUUCUUGAUAAAGCGUGGCCAUAAUGGAGCCAGUGAAAUUACUUGUGACAUAGUUAUCAAUGUGCAUCCAGUUGAUAGCAACCUACCUGUGACCAUCGCGUUCCUUAUUGGUCUAACACUAAUUAUUGCAGUAUCCUUUCUAAGGUUUUUGCUGAGUUUGGAUGACUUUAAUAAUUGGAUUUCUAAAGCGAUAAACUCUAGAGAAACAGAUCGACUCAUCAAUUCUGAGCUGGGAUCUCCGAGCAGGGCAGGCUCUCUUGGUGGUGACAUCCAACUAGAAGCAUGGCGGCCGCCUGCAGCAGCACGACUCCGCUGUGUGGACACCUUCAGGGGAAUAUCUCUCAUUAUCAUGGUCUUCGUGAAUUACGGAGGAGGGAAAUAUUGGUAUUUCAAACACUCCAGCUGGAAUGGCCUGACAGUAGCUGAUCUGGUGUUCCCAUGGUUUGUGUUUAUUAUGGGAUCUUCCAUUUUUCUGUCAAUGACUUCCAUGCUACAGCGGGGGUGUUCAAAAUUGAAACUUAUGUGGAAAAUCACAUGGAGGACUUUCCUGUUGAUCUGCAUAGGAAUUAUUGUUGUGAACCCCAAUUACUGCCUUGGUCCAUUGUCUUGGGAUAAGGUUCGAAUCCCUGGCGUGCUCCAGCGGUUAGGGGUGACUUACUUUGUGGUUGCUGUGUUGGAGCUUUCCUUUGCCAAACCUGUGCCUGAUAGCUGUGCUUUGGAAGGACACUGCUCUUCUCUUCGAGACCUUGUAUCCAGCUGGCCCCAGUGGCUUUUCAUUCUGACACUGGAGAGCAUCUGGCUGGGUGUCACCUUCUUCUUACCAGUUCCUGGAUGCCCUGUAGGUUACCUUGGCCCUGGCGGCAUUGGAGAUGGAGGCAAGUACCCGAAUUGUACCGGAGGAGCUGCUGGCUACAUUGACCGCCUGCUUCUGGGAGACGAGCACCUCUACCAGCACCCUUCCUCAGCUGUGCUGUAUCACACUGAGGUAACCUAUGACCCAGAAGGAAUCCUAGGGACUAUCAAUUCCAUUGUGAUGGCAUUUUUAGGAGUUCAGGCAGGAAAAAUACUCUUGUAUUACAAAGAUCAAACCAAAGACAUCCUCAUCAGAUUCACUGCCUGGUGUUGUGUUCUAGGGCUUAUUUCUGUUGCUUUGACAGAAGUCUCUGGAAAUGAAGGUUUUAUCCCAGUAAACAAGAAUCUCUGGUCCAUUUCCUAUGUCACCACACUGAGCUCCUUUGCCUUCUUCAUCCUGCUCGUCCUCUACCCUGUUGUGGAUGUGAAGGGAAUAUGGACAGGAGCCCCAUUCUUUUAUCCAGGAAUGAAUUCAAUUCUGGUGUAUGUUGGCCACGAGGUGUUUGAGAACUACUUCCCCUUCCAGUGGAAGCUAGAGGACAACCAGUCACACAGGGAGCAUCUCACUCAGAACAUCGUUGCCACCGCCCUCUGGGUGCUGAUCGCUUACAUCCUCUAUAAGAAGAAAGUGUUCUGGAAAAUCUGAUUGCAAUGUGCUGCUGGCAGGUUUCUGGGUCCAGGGGAAGCACCGAGGCAGCUUUUAUGAGAGGGAGUCACUUAUUGUAACAUCCAUGGGAUGUGCAUUUCCAGCUUACCGGGGGAGUUACAGACGUGCUCAGACUAGUGGCUGUAAUAAGACUCAUCAGAACUGGCUAUGUGGGAUUUACGUUACUGGAGCAUAAUUGUCUCUCGAUCUCCUCUCUCUCCCUCCCUCUCUCUCUUUUCUUUCUUCACCUCCUUUGUAAAACAAUGAGUUUAGAGCUUCAUUCUAAGGAUUUCUUAUUUAACUUUGCAAAGGGGAUCCCAUGAGCAUUUUACUUAUGUAAUGGAUAAGACUGAGGUCAGAUUGUGUGUGUGUGCUUUUUAUUUUUCUUUCUUUUUUUCUUAUUGCCACCAGGGUUACUGCUAUGGCUCGGUGCCUAUAUUAUGAAUCCACUGCUCCCGGUGGACAUUUUUCCUCUCUUCCCCUUUCUAUUUUAUUGGAUAAGACAGGGAGCAGUUGAGAGGGGAGAAAGAGAUAGGGAGCUAAAGAUAGACACCUGCAGACCUACUUCACCAUUCAUGAAGUGUCCCCCCUGCAAGUGGGGAGCAGCGACUCGAACCCAGGCCCUGCACAUGGUAAUGUGUGCACUUAACCAGGUGUGCCACCAGCCUCCCUGACUGUGUCUCUUAAGUUGUGAUCUUUCUUUUUUUCUUUUUGCCUCCAGCUGGCACUACAAAUCUACUGCACCUGGCAGCCAUUUUUUCCUCCCUAUUUUUAUUCAGUAGGGCAGAGAAAAAUUGAGAGGACAAGGGGGCAUAGAGAGGAAGAGAGAAAUAGACACCUGCCGACCUGCUUCACCGCUUGUGAAGCAUCCUCACUGCAGGUGGGGAGUUGGGGUCUUAAACCCCGGGUCCUUGCGUGUAGUUCUAUGUGUGGUUAACUGUGUGUAUCUCUGCCUAGGCCCCCUUAAAUUCUGGUUUUUAAAUUCUGGUUUUUAUUGCUCUGAUUUUCCCUUCCCAUGUAUUUACAUGCUAACCAAAAAAACUAGCAGUUCUGUUGUGGCUCAGUAUACAACUGUCAUGCGCAUAAUAGUGCUGUCUAACCUUUCUUAGUUACAUGCAGUUUACAGUUAUUAUGUUUACCAGAUCACUGUUUUCUCUAGCUGAUGGUGGUGCGAAGGACUGAACCGGGGACAUCGGAGACUCAGGGUUUUUUUUUUAUUUGACAUUAGGGUAUUGCUGGGGUUAGGUGCCUACAUGGUUCAACUACUCCUGGCAGUCAUCUUUUCUUUUCCUUUUUCUCUUUUUCUCUCUUUCUUCCUUCCUUUCUUUUUCUUUGGAGGUGGGGAGAGAGACAGAGAGGAAGAGAGACAUCUGGAGCACUGUUCCACCACCCUACAGGGGGGAACCAAGGGGCUUGAAUGCAGGUCAUCUCUAAUAAUAAUAGUAAUGUGUGCAUUCCGCUGGGUGCACCACCACCCAGCCCCACAGUUUUGUAUUUCAAGGAAGUCUGGCUAAUUCCCUCUUCUGAGCUGCAAGGCAUUUAGGGCUCCAAAAUACGACUUUCUAACAGAAAGACAGUUUUCUCCUUUCCAUCACUUAUAAAGCUAAAAUGUAGAUAUGUCAUCCACAGCCACAUCUGUGCAUGGCCCUGUGUGUGUUCAGUUGGGUGCACCAGGUCUCUCUGCUAUUCAGAUGGCAACCAAGUUAUUCACAGACGUAGCUGUGGAGGAGAAAAGAGCACUUUGGCUUAUGGCUUCUGCUUUGCCACCACUGCUGUGUGAGAUGCUCCUGCAGGAAUGAAUUCAAUUCUGGUGUACCCUGACCUGCCUCAGUUUCCUCAUCUAUGAAAUGAAGGAACUAGAGAGGGUCACCCAGGUCUCUUUCCACUCUUAGAUUCAGUGAGAUGGAGGGGUACAUCAUAGUUUUUCUGAAAUAAUUUAGAAAAUUCAUUUGAGAAAACUUCAAAAGUGGGGGCUGGGUGGUAGUACAGCAGGUUAAGCGCAGGUGGCGCAAAGCGCAAGGACUGGUGUAAGGAUCCCAGUUUGAGCCCCCAGCUCUCCACCUGCAGGGGGGUCGUUUCACAGGCAGUGAAGCUCUUCUGCAGGUGUCUGUAUUUCUCUCCCCUUCUCUGUCUUCCCCUUUCUCUCUGUCUAUCCAACAAUAGUGACAACAGCUAUAACAACAAUAACAACCACAACAAGGGCAAGGAUAAGGGAAACAGCAUGGGAAAAUAGCGUCCAGGAGCAGUGGAUUCGUAGUGAUAACCCUGGAGGCAAAAAGAAAAAAAAAAAAAAGAAAGAAAACUUCAAAAUAGAUAAGUAGAUUGCAUUUUUUUUUUUUUAAUCCUCCUGUGGAAACUUAUCUGAGUGACCCUCCACAAUAGAAGCAGCUGUUCUCAUCAUGAGGUCGAAGGGGUAGCUUCUCAGGUGUGAAAGUGAAUCACAAAGCGAGGCAGCCCUUUCCAUAUGAUGCAACAUCCUAUCUCUGCGUUUUCUGUGAGGGUUCUGUACUUUAGGGAAAUGUGGUGCUAGGUUGUACUUGAGCUCACUCUUCUGUGGUGAGAGGGGCUGUCUCAGUGAGCGCCUGACUUCGUCUUCCGCCAUUGCCUGGUCUUUCUAGUCUGUCUGUGGUUGGACUUGUGCUCUGAAUCAUGCUGCUGGUAACUGCCUCCUCCUGGUGUCUGCUACCAUCAGGCUUACUUCAAUUUACCUUUUUUCCUUAUUUCUUUUCUUUCCUCUCUCCCUUCCUUCCUUCCCGUUUGCAAGCCUUGACCCUUAUUUUCCUAGCUCAGUGCUUAACUAUUCUUGGUAUGGGACUAUAUAGGACCUUCAUUCAUCUCCCUUUCUCUGUGUUCCAAUUUUCCAGUUAGUCAUUGCCAGAACUUCUCAUUUCUGCUUACUCUUUCUCUCCUGGAAUGUCUGCAUUUUCUCUGUCAUCACCUUAUAACUCAAGUUCAGACCUUGGUUUAUCAUUUCUGGCUCAACUGGCUGCCUUCCCUUGAUCCUUCCUUCAUUUAAGCCACCACUGCAAUCAGAUCAAAUUUUACAAAGCAGAGCUCAGAUCAAAUCAACUCUUUAAAAACUUUCCUUGGAGUUUACUGGCAAACAUGACCCUCCAGGGGAUGAGCCUAGUAUGCUUUCCACCUUCCCCAGUCCAUUCUGUGUACUCUAGCCCAGCUAGAUGCCUUCUACUGACAUCAGGGAGCCAGCAGUAGUCUUCCUGGGUUACUUUUUCUUAAUUUUCCCCUUACCUAUGUUGAUCUAUGUACUUAAAAUGUUCGAGUUCUGAGGCACCUUCUCUAAUUUCUGUAAUCAUCCAAAGAUGUUCUUCCUCUGAGUUCCCUCAUUUGUAUCAGUCACGUAGCAUUUACCACGUUCUGUCUUGUAUGACAGUCCUCUGUGUCCAUAUAUGAUACCCUACGCUAGACUGUGAACUAUGGCUUGUUCUGCCACACAUUUUCCAUGGCACAAACCCAGUGCUUCCAUCAUAGCAGGCACCGAAUAAACACUUAUCAAAACAAAACAACA